AUGACGGAGGUGCUGGAAACGCCGCUGCGCGCAGUGAUGGAUGCGACGGGUUUCUUCGUAAAGGUGGAGGCGGUGGAUGGGGCCGUUUAUACAGGAAAGCUUUCUCGCCUGGACAUGCUUCACGGCGAUGUUGAGAUGAUUGAUGUGCGCUGUCAAAGACGCGACUCUUCUCUCUCAAUAGAAUGUCGUGUUCUUUUGAAGGGUUCAAAUGUUCGUUUGAUACAUCUUCCUUCGGAUAUACGCAAAGCCACCUACUUGGAAUGGGAAGAUCCAAACGUUCAAAAGGAUCUCAAGAAUAGCUUGAAAUCGCGACGACCG